UGUAGCACCAAGAUCCUCCGAAUGAUAUUUGUUUUCUUAAGCAUGAACCGUACUUCAUAUCAGCACCUCCAGUGGAGGUUUUAGAGAAUUUCUUAUAACUUAAAAAAAAAACAAAAAAGGAGGAAGAAUGCAAUUCUUUAUAUAUAGGAAUUCAUACACACCCAUUAACCAUUUGUAUCUUUUAUAUUAGUUAGAGCAUCUCCACUGACGUUCUAGCAAAAGUUCUCAACAUUUAAAGACAACAAUAAUAAUUAAAGAGAAAAUUUCUAUGAUAGCGCUUUUUAAAUUUUUGUCACAAACAUAUUUUUCAAUGAAAAAAAUGACCAAAAUUUUUUUUCUUAAAGAAUAAAAAUACAUUUAUACCCUAAAAUUAACUAAUACUUAUAGUUUAAAGUUAAAGGAUGAGAUUUUGAGGAUAAUGUUUCAAAUUUUUAAAAGUAAAAAAUAAAUAUUAAAUUUUUUAAAAUAAAAAGAGGUUAUUUUGAUCAUUUUUCUUAUUGAAAGACUAUUUUUGUGAUAGAAACUUAAAACAACUAUUUGAGAGAAUUGCCCAUAAUUAAAACUAUAGAGAACAAAGAAACAUUUUCAUUUGAGAGCUUUUAAGAGCAUGAUUAAAAUUGGUAUUUAUAAUAAUAAAAAUAUAUCAAAAAGUAGGAGAGAAAAAUUCUAAAUUGGAAAACCGUUCUUUGCAUGAAAACUUUCACAACAUUGUAAGAAACUAUUUUACAGGUGGUUUACUCUAAUUGGUUCUAUUUUUUUUGUUUAAAUUUUGAAAAAUCGUAAAUUUAUUAAUAUUUUAUUUGUUAUUGAGAGUUUUUUGCUGACAAAGAUGCUCUAAGAACAUAUUGGAAAUUUUAACUGGCGGAAUUAAAACAUCACACUAUUACAUUUGAAUUGAUUUUACAAAAUUAAAACAUAACUGAGUAACUAUAAUAUUAAUAUAUAUUUUUUUCUAUGAGAAAUCCAUAAAAAUUCGAACCGAUAGUGUUGCUCUUAUUUUUUUUUAAAACAUUAAUGGUUUAUCCAAAUUAUAAGAAAAUAUUAAUAUUUAAUUUUCUUUACCCAUUUGAAAUUCUUGAAUGUGAUGUUCUUGUGAUAAGCUACAAAGAGAGGCAUGUGCAGUAGAGGUUUUUCAAAGGUAAUAUCUCACAAAUUAUAAGAAUAUAUAAUGGUGAGUUGUGAGAGUCUCUCAUUUGAAAAACCCUCACAUGGGUUUCUAAAUUUUAUUGAAAAUUUUAUAUUUAUGUUUUUUUUGUCAGUUUCUCCAUUUAUAUAUUUAUAUAAAUUUUGAGAUACUCCUCUUGAGAAACACCUAUUUUUGACGGUCUGGUUAUACACAACAAUAAUAUCUUAAACAGUUUUUUUUUAAUUAAAAAUUAUAUAAUGUACAAGAUAAGAGAUAAAGAAAACUAUGAGUGAAAAGAUAGAGAUUUCUCAUUUGAAAGACUUCAAGAAAAUAUGAGAAAAUGGUACAAUAGUUGUAAAGUUAUUAUUGCUCUGAUUUUUAUUGGGAAAAUCGCAUAAAAAACUUUGAAAGUGUCACUUACUAGCACUUUAAACCUUGAAUACUUUUCACUAACACUUUUAACCUUCAAAGUGACAUUUUUAUCAUAAAAAACCUCCAAAGAAGAAAAAUGACCGGCUGAACAGGUUAAAAACAGUUUUUUUUCAAAAAUAAUUAUUUAAUUAAUAAAUAAACAAAAAAAUUAAUAAAAAUCGAAAAAUUUAACAAAAAAACUUAUAAAUUAAAAAAAAGUGAGAAAAAUAAAUAAAGAUUUAGAACACUAAAUAAAAAAUAACUAAAAAUUCAAAAAUAAAUAAGAUCAAAUUAAAAUAGAGAAAAAAUAAUAAUAAAUUUCAAAAAUUGAAAAUUCAAAAAAGUUUUUUUUUUCAUUUUCAAAUAUAAUGUCGGAAAUUAUCAUUGGAGAUAUGCCAAAAACCGUCAUUGGAGAUAUGUCGGAAAUAACGGUUUUUGGUAUAUCUCCAAUGAUACGGUUUUUGGCAUAUCUCCAAUGAUAAUUUCUGACAUUAUAUUUGAAAAUGAAUGUUGAUAAAAAAAAUUCAUUUUCAAAUGAAUUUGUUUUUUGAAUUUUCAUUUUUUUUGAAAUUUAUGAUUUUUUUUUUUAUUUUUCUCCAUUUUAAAUUGAUCUUAUUUAUUUUUUGAAUUUUUUUUGUUAUUUUUUAUUUAAUUUUUUAAAUCUUUAUUUAUUUUUUGAUUUUUUUUUUAAUUUAUGAGUGUUUUGUUUAAUUUUUUCGAUUUUUAUUAAUUUUUUGUUUAUUUUAUUAAUGAAAUAAUUAUUUUUUUUUUAAAAAAAAACUGUUUUUAACUUGUUCAGCCGGUCAUUUUUCUUUUUUGGAGGUUUUUUAUGAUAAAAAUGUCACUUUGAAGGUUAAAAGUGUUAGUGAAAAAACUUCAAAGUUUAAAAUGUUAGUAAAUGACACUUUCAAGGUUUUUUAUGCGAUUUUUCCGAUUUUUAUUGUAUUUAAUCAUAGUAAAACAAAUAUUAAUUUUAUAUUCUCAAAGACUCUUGCUAGAAUUUUCGUUGAUGAGGACGGUCCAAUAAUAUAUAUUGAAAACAACCUCCUUCGAUGAAAUAAAAUGUUGACGUGCUUUGUUUUAUAUACAAACUAGUAUUAACGCCAUGGUUCGCAUGGGAAUAUUUUUCCGUAUCAAAUAUUUUGUUUUAUAUGACUAAAAUGUAUGUAUAAAAUAACUUCGAUUUAUAAGAAAGAGGUGUGUAUAUCAAGAACGAAAACAUUAAAACAUUGCCUUAGAGAAUAUAUAAAAUCAUUGAUCUUCCUAUUAUUCAUGGUAGUUAAGAGAAUACAAUGGAGUUGAAAAUAAAAUUUAAUCAUUGUGUAUUAAUAUAUCAAACAUCUAAAAGAAAACAUUGUGUAUUGGAAAUAUUGCAGUAAUAUAAACGUGUACCUGCUAAUAUUUAUUUGUGCUUAUCCUAAAAUUUAAUUAUUAUUUGUACUUUAUCAUAUAAGGGAUCCGGUUAGUUUCAAACCGGUGACUCGGUGAGUUGUUGUUUUCAACAUACACAUUACAUCAAAAAUGGGGCGGACGCAGAGCAUUAGUGGGUGUCCCACCCUAAUUUUUUUUCAUUAAUAAUUUUUUUUUCAUUUAUAAUUAGUGCAAGUUUGUUCUAUGUACAUAUAUGCUAAGGUUUUAGUUAUAAGAGAAUGGUUGUGUGACCCAUACCAAAAGGAAUCCCUGAUCCGCCCACGAUACACAUGCAGAGUUUUCUUUCUUUUACGGCUGACACAUGCAAGUUCCUACUAUAAUUAAACAUCAAAUUAAUAUUUUAAUAUUUUGCACUCAGAUCUAAACCCUAGACUUAAAGAAAGAAAACGUCUCGUCUAUGUUAAAUGCUAGUAUUAAAAACAAAGUUAAAAAUCCCUAAGAUGAAAUAAAUAAAUGUGAUUUUGGAAGAAGAAAGAGGGAUCUCUUUCUUUAAUAUUUUUUCUCGCUCUCACUAAACACUCCUUGGUUUACCAGAGCAUUUUGAAAGAAGAAAUAGAGAUCUCUUCGUUUCCAUUGUUGACGUACAGAAUUAGACAAAGAGGAAGGAGCUGGUAAAACAGAUUCUUGUCGAAAGAGGAGAAAAUGACUAUGAUCAAGAGUAUGCUCUCUCCCAUUCCGUCACAGCUAUGAGCUGUUUUAAACUCCCAAUUUCCUUGUGUAAACAGAUCCAAUCCGCAGUUACUAUAUUCUGGUGGGACGAUCAGGAUGGACGGAACAAAAUGGCAUGGCUUUCAUGGGAAAAAAUGACAUAGCCAAAAGAUAUAAGAGGUUUUGAAUUUAGAGACUUCCAAGCUUUCAAUGAUGCUUUUCUAGGCAAAUUGAGCAGGAGGAUACUCAACAAACCUGAGCUCUUGCUAUCGAGGAUCUUAAUGGGGAAGUACUGCCCCUCGGAAAGCUCCAUGGCCGUGACACAAAAAACAACAACUUCUCACGGGUGGCGCGGAAUCCUGCUAAGCAGUGGGUCGUCGGAAAUGGCUCCUCUAUUCGAAUCUGGGAUGAUGCGUGGCUCAGCCUCACUGCUCAACUGUGACCAACAGGACCAGCUACAGAAGCAUCAGCAACGUGCACCGUUAUUGACUUAGUUUAUUGAAGGAUCAAGAAGCUGGAAUGUUGAGAAGAUCAAACAAUUGUUGCCACAAUGGGAAGAUGUCAUAAAAACCAUCACACCAAGUGAUAUUGAAAUAAAAUCACUUUCAAAACAAUAAUAUUUUAAUAUCAUAUCAUUAGAUAAUUAACUUUUAAUUAUUUAGAAAAAUCAUUUCAAAAACAAUACAUGGCAAUCGAAUUUCUAAAGAGGUUCUCAUGUUUUAUUUUAAUUUUUUGUUUUCUUAAAUAUUGAAAUACUCUCUUAGAUAUUUCCAUUGGAAUUGCUCUUAUGAUUUGAAACUAAUUUUGAUAAUAAAAAAACUCCAAAGUUUUUUUUGGUCAAAGAUCAAAAUUAAUUAGUUUUAAAUACUAAAUAUUUGAGGAGAUUAUCUAAUAAUAAUUUCUGGUCUGUAUGUCUAAUAAAAUGUCAGAGCCUCAUAUUUCUUUGCAUAUUAGAAGAAUGUACUUUACAAUUUAGAUUCAAUUCUUUUACAAAAGAAUAAUAAAUUUCUAUCUAUUCACAUAUGCCAAAAAGGAAACACAACAUGUAAUUCAAAAUUUCUAAGGUCAAAAGGAAAUAAAAAUCAAGUAGUCAAGAAAAUAAACUACUUAAUAUGACUAAACAUUAAUUCCUUCAUGUCUUUCAUAAGCUCCAUUUUUCAUUUUUAAUAUCUCUCAUUGUCAUCUCUUGCUUUAGUUUUUCUCUCAUCUUCUUUGAUUCAAAAGCCAUGAAGAGACACUCAUCAUCAUCGUCAUCAUCAUUACCUGAUGCAAACAUCAUAAACCUACAACAUCCUAUCGUUCAUAAUGAUUGUAUCAGCGAACUCCCAGACGAUCUAUUACGAAUGAUCCUUUCAAAAUUGUCCACCGAAGAAGCUGUGAUGACAAUUCUUUUAUCAUCACUAUGGAUGGAUUUGUGGAAAUGGAGACCUCAUUUCGUCUUGGAUAUGAGAAGGAUCUUGGACAAAACCCCCACCAAACUUUGGCGCAACGUUUCCGCUCAGUUGGCUAGUUCAAUGGAAAAGACUUUCAACAAACACCGCGGCGACCUAGAGAGCUGCAUUAUCACAUCCCGAACAUCCCGAUGUGAUUAUCGUACGCUUCAAAAUUGGAUCCGACGUGCGACUCGUGUGAAACACACUAAAGAUCUCACACUAAACUACAUUCAUGGUCGUAAGAGAUGUUACAGAGGAACACAUGUGCUCCACACAUCCCCACAAAUAUUUUCCCAUCAUAGCCUCACUUCACUGUCACUUAGUGGAUAUAGUCUACUAAAUGCUCGUGCCUUCAAUAAUUGUGGGAAUCUUAAGACCCUCAAGCUUUUGAACAUGUGCCUCUUGCGGGUUAGUACCCUUAGCAGCGUUUUGGCAGCUUGCUCCUCCCUCGAGGUGAUUGUGUUGCAAAUCGCUUUCUUAACCGGGUUUGGUGUGUUGAAGAUCGAGAACAAAUAUGUGAAGUUCUUGCAAGUGACUUUCCCUAACUAUGUUGAGAGGAUCGAAGUGAAUGCACCCAGUCUAGAUGUUCUAGACAUCAGGGAUAUCAAAUGUGAGAGCAAGAAUAACUUCAUCCUCACUGCUCCUAACAACCAGUUUAACAGAAACCAUUGGGUUUCUAGGUGUGUUUAUCGUCCUCACAUCAGCUAUAAUGUAUCAGAACUUUCUAAGGAGACAAGAAACAUUUGGCAUGAGCUCCUGGUGAGUGACUUUCACGGUAUGACCACAAGGCAUGGAACUUUAUCGGUGAGUGUAGACAUAACUAGUCCUAAAGAAGUGGAGAUAUUGAAGGAACUUUUGCUUAUGUGGACUACUUACACAAUGAUAGAGCUUGAGAUUUUGUUCAAGACCAACAAUGCUUAUAGGGAAGAAGAAGGUGAAUGUUAUAGUGACGGCAUAGCAAAUGAGAAGUUGUGGGAGGAUGCAAACCCGUUUCCUAACACUGAUUUUCGCGUUUAUAAGGUGUGGAUGUAUAACUUUAAUGGUUCGAGUAAGGAAGAGUUUGCGUUUGCUUCACGUUUUGUGAUGCAAAAGACUGUGAUGAUGAAGAUGAUGAUCGAGACUUCGUCGUAUCCAUCGAUGAAGAAGUUAGAGGUAGAAGCAGCUGUGGCAAAGCUAAUGGAACUUCCUAAAGGCAAUGAAGAGCUUAGUAUUGAGUGCUUCUGAUGAGAGUUCGGUUCUAGUCUUUCCAUAAUCUAUUUAACUAUAAACUAUGAUACUAGCUUUUUUCUUUGUUAAUGUAAGGAUUAUAUGGUUUUGAAUUUUGGAUUAUUGUAUUCCGAAUUUAUGUGACAAAGGAUUGAGAUUAUGCUUGGUCUUAAUUUUAAUAUUAUAUGAUUUGUUUCAUGGCGCUCUUCUUUUGGUUAAUGUUUUCUUAAAUGUGGAUUAUUGUUAUUCCAAAGUACAGAUGCAAAUCAAUCUCACAUACUCAAUACAUUUGAGUUUAUAAACCUUUAUAUAUAUUAUUCAAUUUAUAAACUCUUAUAAAUAAGAUGAUUACUUUUCUUCCUUUUACAACUUAAUCGGCGUUUGACAAAGGCUUAUUUGAGCAAUCUCUUAAAGACAGAAUUUUGCCCCUACAGUGGUGUAUGUAGUUC